UCUGCGGCAGCCGAGCGCGCCGCUGCCGCCGCGUCGUCCGCUGUCGGGGAUAAGCCGAGGGUGUCUCUCCGCAGAUGUGUGGUCGCGAAGGAGUGAUCUCCGGUGUGUUGUGGGUGCUAGUGUGAAGCAGGAGAGUGCCAGGAUGAGUGCCGGACUGCGUACCGCGCAGGUCAUUGACCUGGAGGAGCUGAACCAGUGGCUGGCUCAGCUGGAGGACGAAAAUCAAGGUGAUAUCACACAGAAGGGCUAUGAGAAGAAGCGGAGUAAGCUGCUCGCGCCGUACCUGCCUGGUCAGUCAGAGAGCAGUAGUCCUCCGGUGCCGCUGCCGCGUCAGAGCCGCCAACAGAAGACCCCGACAGGCGAGGGAGCCGCCAGUCCCAGCAGCCGAGCACGACGGCGGGCACAGCGACGAGUCACUAGGAAUGAAUCUCGGUACCACUCAGAGGUGCGUCAGGAAGCCGUGCAGCAGGCCAUCGCGGCCAUGCAGAGCCGGCCCAAGCAGCUACCGAUGCCCUCCAAACGACAGUCGGUGAUGGCUCGCAGUCCAGAGGCCGAGCGGCGGCGUCGGAGGGACUCGGACAACGACUCGAGUUCUGACGAGGACGACAGCUCCGUUCCGGGCGAGCCGGCCACCCCCGAGGUGGACCGAUCCCGUCACCACGGCCCGCCCCCGUCCGACACCAGCAGUCUGGGCUCGGCGCGAGACACACCGCCACAGAGCAGGGCACGCACCGGGCCGCUGCCUCCCCUGCCUGGUCAGCAACCGGCCGUACCGCAGCAGCCGCCGCCGCCGCCGAUACAGCAGAUACAGCAGCAGCAGAUACAGCAGAUACAACAGAUACAGCAGCAGUCGCAGCAGCCCAACACCGUCCAGAACAGGCUCAGUAGCAGCUCCCAGUCGUCCAACCACGACCGGCAGCGGGCACGGCUCCGGGACGAGAUGACACAGCUCUCAGAGGUCAUGGACAACCUCGCACCCUACUGCGAGCCGCCGGACGUGACCCACAACACGGGCAGCAGUCGCAGCUCGCGUUACCAGCCGCCGCACAUGGCCUCUGUGCGCGUCAACAGUAGUACCAGCAUCACGGCCGCACUGGACGAGGCGCACGGAGCCACCGCCCGCUGGAAGGUCUCCACCAAGAUUCAGCAGCUUCUCAACACGCUGAAGCGGCCCAAGCGGCGACCUCUGCCAGAGUUCUAUAUGGAUGAUGAGGAGGAGCUAGAGAUGGCUGCCAGAGUCCGAGACCCGGCCGCGCCCAAACCCGAGGGAGGACCCAUGACGCCCGCCGUCGGCGAGCAUUUAGAGAUCCCCGCUGGCCUGCCUCGGAACCUGGAGGCUGCCGUCCAGCGGUACGGCUCCGCCACCUUCAAGGCGUCGUGCGCCUCCGUGCUAGACGCCACCAACAAACCCUCCGUGCCGCUCACCUACGGCAAACUGCUCAGUCGGGCGCACAAGAUCGCCUUCGCACUCCUCAACAAGGCGCGCGGCGAGACCAGCCUGAAGCCGGGUGAUAGGGUGGCGCUGGUGUACCCCAACAGUGACCCCGUGAGCUUCAUGUGCGCCUUCUACGGGUGUCUGUAUGCCGGCAUGGUGCCGGUACCCAUCGAGGUGCCCAUCACAAGGAGGGACGCCGGUUCGCUGCAGAUUGGGUUCCUGCUGGGCAGCUGCGGCGUCCAGGUGGCCCUCACCACCGAACCCUGUCACAAGGGCCUGCCCAAGACGGCCAGCGGCGAGGUGGCUGUGUUUAAAGGCUGGCCCAAACUGCACUGGUUCAUCACAGAACACCUAGCGCGGCCGCCCAAAGAGUGGCAGCCGCCGCCGCGACUCAACGACGACACGCCCGCCUAUGUCGAGUACACCUCUGGCGGCGACGGCUCGGUGAUGGGUGUCACGGUGAGCCGGGCCGCCAUGCUGGCCCAGUGCCGCACCCUCACGUCCGCCUGCGGCUACACGGAGGGAGAAAUCUGCGUCUGCGUGGUCGACUUCAAACGCGAGGUGGGCCUGUGGCACGCCACGCUGUGUUCCGUGUUCAAUGGCAUGCACGUCAUCUUCAUCCCCUACUCACUGAUGAAGGUGAACCCGGCCAGCUGGAUGCAGAUGAUCACAAAGUUCAAAGCGAGCAUCGCGAUCGUCAAGUCUCGCGACCUGCACUGGGGUCUGCUGGCCACCAAGGACCACAAGGACAUCAACCUGUCCUCUCUGCGGCUGCUGCUGGUGGCGGAUGGUGCCAACCCGUGGUCGCUCAGCUCCUGCGACCAGUUCCUAAGCGUGUUCCAGUCCAAAGGUCUGCGCCCGGACGCCAUCUGCCCAUGUGCCAGCAGUUGUGAAACGAUGACAGUGGCGGUGCGCCGGCCCGGGCAGGGAGGUGCCAACACGACAGGCCGGGGGGUGCUCAGCAUGGCCGGCCUGAGUCACGGCGUGGUGCGCGUGGACCAGGAGAACAGCCUGACCUCGCUGACACUGCAGGACUGCGGACAGGUGCUGCCCGGAGCGACCACUGUUGUGGUGCGGCCGGACGGCGAGCCGCGGCUCUGCAGUACGGACGAGGUGGGUGAGAUCUGCGUCAGCUCGGCCGCAGCCGGCACCAGCUACUGGGGGCUGCAGGGCGUCACCAACCAGACCUUCCGCGUGCGACCGCUGCGCGCCGACGGCUCCGGUCUCGGAGACCAGGACUACGUGCGCAGCGGACUGCUCGGAUUCCUCGGACCGGGCGGUCUGGUGUUCGUGUGCGGCUCUCGCCAGGGCCUGAUGACCGUCUCCGGCCGGAAACACAACACGGACGACAUCAUCGCCACCAUCCUGGCCGUCGAGCCGAUGAAGUUCAUCUACCGGGGACGGAUCGGCGUGUUCAGCAUCCGCGUGCUGCGCGACGAGCGCAUCUGCGUGGUGGCAGAGCAGAGGCCAGAGUGCACAGAGGAACAGAGUUUCCAGUGGAUGUCACGGGUGCUGCAGGCGGUCGACUCGAUCCACCAGGUCGGCAUCUACUGUCUGUGUCUGGUGCCGCACAACUACCUGCCCAAGACGCCCCUGGGAGGCAUCCACCUGUCGGAGACGAAGCGGCGCUUCCUGGACGGGUGCCUGCACCCGGCCAACGUGCUCAUGUGUCCGCACACGUGUGUCACCAACCUGCCGAAGCCGCGCGAGGUGCACAAAGCCGACGUGGGUCCUGCCAGCGUGAUGCUGGGUAACAUCGUGCAGGGGAACCGGCUGGCGACGGCGCAGGGACGGGACCUGGGCACCGCCGACGACGAGAACGAUACCACCAAAAAGCACCAGUUCAUCUCGGAGAUUCUGCGCUGGCGGGCACAGACCACCUCCGACCACGCGCUGUUCACACUGCUCAACGCCAAGGGCGGGCCGAGCUCCACACUCACCUGCGCGCAGCUGCACAAGAGGGCGGAGCGGGUUGGCUGCCUUCUCCUGGAGAAGGGUCACGUCAACACGGGCGACCACGUGGCGCUCGUCUAUCCGCCCGGCCUCGACCUCAUCGCCGCCUUCUACGGCUGCCUCUACGUCGGCGCGGUACCGGUCACCAUCCGGCCGCCGCACCCUCAGAACCUGCAGACCACGCUGCCCACCGUCCGCAUGACGGUCGACGUCAGCAAGUCGGUGCUCAUCCUCUCCAACCAGACGGUCAUCAAGCUGCUGCGCUCCAAGGAGGCGUCCAACGUGGUCGAUGUCAAGUCGUGGCCGCCCACACUGGACACAGACGACAUGCCAAAGAGGAAACUGGUGGCCGUGUACCGGGCGCCCACGGCAGAGAUGCUCGCCUACCUCGACUUCAGCGUCUCCACGACGGGCAUGCUGGCCGGCAUCAAGAUGUCACACGCUGCCACCACGUCGUUGUGCCGAUCCAUGAAGUUGGCCUGCGAGCUGUACCCGUCGCGGCACGUGGCGCUCUGCCUGGACCCCUACUGCGGGCUCGGCUUCGCGCUCUGGUGCCUCAGCAGCAUCUACUCGGGCCACCACUCGAUCCUGAUACCGCCUUCGGAGGUGGAGACCAACCCGGCCCUGUGGCUGACCGCCGUCAGCCAGCACAAAGUCAGGGAUACCUUCUGCUCAUACGGUGUGAUGGAGCUCUGCACCAAGGGCCUCUCGUCAUCCAUCCCCCUGCUGCGCCAGCGCGGUGUGAACCUCUCCUGCGUGCGUACCUGCGUGGUGGUGGCGGAGGAGCGGCCUCGGAUCGCGCUCUGUACCUCCUUCAGUCGACUGUUCUCCGGGCUGGCUCUGAGUCCGCGGGCAGUCAGCACCAGCUUCGGGUGCCGCGUCAAUGUGGCCAUCUGUCUGCAGGGCGCCUCGUCUCCGGACCCGAGCACGGUGUUUGUGGAUCUGCGUGCGCUGAGGAACGACCGCGUCACGCUGGUAGAGCGCGGAGCACCUCACAGCCUCUGUCUGAUGGAGUCGGGCAAACUGCUGCCCGGAGUGAAGGUCAUCAUCGCCAACCCGGAGACCAAGGGUCACUGCGGCGACUCCAACCUCGGGGAGAUCUGGGUGCAGUCGCCACACACCUCGACGGGCUACUUCACCAUCUACGGAGACGACUCGGGCACCUCGGAUCACUUCACUGCCCAGCUGGUCACCGGCUCGACGGGCGAGGUGUACGCACGGACCGGCUACCUGGGCUUCCUGCGACGCACCGACAGUGUGGCUGCGGAUGGCGAGAAGCACGACGCCGUAUUCGUGGUGGGCUCGCUGGACGAGACGGUGAUGCUGCGGGGGAUGCGCUACCACCCGAUCGACAUCGAGACCUCGGUGCUCAAGUGCCACAAGAAGGUGGUCGAAUGCGCGGUGUUCGUGUGGACCAACCUGCUGGUGGUGGUGGCCGAGCUGGAGGGAAACGAGGACGACGCCCUCGACCUGGUGCCACUCAUCACCAACGCUGUCCUCGAGGAUCACCACCUCAUCGUCGGCGUCGUGGUGGUCGUCGACCCCGGCGUCGUGCCCAUCAACUCGCGCGGAGAGAAGCAGCGCAUGCACCUGCGCGACGGCUUCCUGCAGGAUCAGCUCGACCCCAUCUAUGUCGCCUACAACAUGUGAACGAACUACUCGUGUGUGUGUGUGACGGAGGAGUCUGAGCCGGCAGCUCGCCGCCGGCCGGCGGACGCCCGGUCCAGUGUCGGAGCGGACAGAGCGCUCCGGUAGCGGUGCUAGGGACGUGUGAGGACGCCGGGGACGCUCACAGACUCGCGGCCGGCACCGCCGAGACGCUCGCACUGCCAGAGGGCGGCCGGCGCGCGCGCGCCGCACCCUCACUCACCGCUCUCGCUCUCUGUCUCUGUGGGCCGGCCGCCGCGGUCGGCCGUGUUAUCGUCCCGGGCGCCGGGCGUGUGUUGCUAGCGAUAGCCUCGGUAGAGAGAUAUUACACGAGGUAGUGUGCGCCCCGCCGCGACCGGACAGUCGGCGCGGCGCUGCCGUGCGCGGCGGCUUCGUUAUUUACAUUGCUAGUCGUUUUCCCGGUGUUUUACUUUUCGUUGGUUUUGUCUUUCAUGUGUACAGCGGACGCGAGCGCGCGCCAUUGCAGCACGGACUGGCCGUGGCCGGCGUGCACGUGCUCUGUGAUGGCAUUUUCCAUAGUGCGCGCGCCGCGGCCGGGCGGCGCUAUCGUUCUGGGCAGCAGUGGCGGGCGGGUGGCUAGCCGCCCGUCUCCGUGGUUAUUUUAUUGGUAGCGGGCGGCACUGACCGACCGAACAGUCCUGGCCGGUAGAGGUGGAGCCCGGCGCAGUCUGGUGUGAGGUCGGCCGGCCGGCCGCGGCCCGAGGCGCCGUGCAGAGCUGCCGGAGUCGGGCCGCCGGCCCGGCGCCCCGGACAGAGCUGCGGAAAUUGGGCCCGGCCGGCCGGCGCCGGCCAGCUGUUUAUAAAGGUAUGGAUAUCACAAUAAAGAAACAAAACAAA